AAUUUCAGAAGUGAAAUUUGUACGAUACACAUGAAUUAUUGCCUGGACUCAUAUCGUUAUGCAGAUUACCACUUAAAGGCAAAAAAAUGAUCGUCGAAAAUGAGUCAGUAUCUGUCGAUCUACUGUCUUUCCAAUAUCUUACUAUUUGAAUUAAUUUGUUACACCAUCAUACAAAAAAGUCAAGCCAUACGAAUUGUUGGCACCUGGAGCUCUCGCAAUGGUCGAUUCUUCAUCCUUGCUAAAUUUGGUUUCCAACAAAUAGAUCCAUUGGAUAUGGAGCAUAGUUGUGGAUUUGUUUAUGGCAAUGUAUCGUCAGAGACAGUUAAUGGAGUGCGAGGAGUAUUGAUGAUUGUGCCGAGAACAGUUAUUAAUGGAUUUCUUGAUAAAGCAGCGCUCGGACAGUCAUGUGGCUCUUUGUUACAGAAUAUCAGUUCACUUGCGUUUGAAAGGAAAUGCCUUCCGAAGGGCAAAGGCGACCUCAUGAGAUGGAUUCCUUGUCCAACAGGAAAACUCUGUGCUGAGGAAGACAUGCCUGGGAAGGUAGUAAAUGGUUCUCAGAUGACUCUCAGGAUUCACGAACCAUCAACUCCUCAGUAUUGGUAUGUGAUAAUGGCUGCUUGUUAUUUGGAUGCUUACUGCUCGUGGAAAUCGUCAGUUAAGGAGGUUAUUGUACAUUAUGAUUUAUGGCUUACGAACGGAAGCCCUUUCAUGCCUUAUUUGGAUCCAUUCGGCCAUCAGUUCAGCUUUGAAGAGCAAGGAGUUUUGUUUGCUCGCCUUCUUGGUGAGAUCGCUCGCUUGAUGUCAACGUGCCUUCUUUGCUUACUGCUCAUAUUACUUAGUUGCGGUUGGUCAUUCGGCAGCAGGAGUGGAAUUUUAUUACAUCCAAAAGUUAUUGUUACUUGGUUUUUCGUUGACGACGUGCUGCAAGAUAUCGAUAUAUUUAAAUCUUGGUCAGGCUACGCAAUGAUUGUAAUUCGUUUAUUACAAGCGCUCUGGUUCUUGGUACAAAUUUGUCGCCUGAUAAAUGAAGAGAGUGAUGAGCAGAAAGCAAUUUUCUUGGCACAUUUCGGUGCUGGUUUUCUUGUAUGGUUUGUUUAUAUCCUAGGCCUUGGAAUUAUUGCUUCUUUUAUAUCUGCUCUGUGGAGAUUUAAAAUGAUCCUUGUCAUAACUAUGACAGCAAAUUUUGCGGCAGUCGCUUGCUUAGUACAUUUAUUUUGGCCAACUAGUUCAAAUCAGCAUUAUUUUCUGGCGGAUAUCACAUUACACAGACGGUUCGUCCUGACUGAUGAUAAUGAAGGCGAGGAUUUUGAGAAUCUGCUGAUUAGUGAUAGUGCUGAUACUGAUACGGAUAGUCUUGUUAGUGGCGUAUUAGAAAAUAUUUGA